AUGCCUGUAUUCUGCAAACCUGUAGUAAAUAUAGAUCAAGGUCUGGUUAGAGGAAAUAUAUUUGAGUCAAAAAAUGGAAGAAGUUUUUCCGCAUUUCGUGGAAUACCUUACGCUGAGCCUCCAAUUGGAAAUCUAAGAUUCAGUAGCCCUCUUCCGGCAAAAAGAUGGGAGGGAAUUUUUUCGGCCGAAAAAGAAAUACCUCCAUGUUUUCAAAUCCCCAGAGGAAAAGGAAAAGUCAUUGGCAAUGAAGACUGCUUAUAUUUGAACGUGUUCACCCCACUCAUAAAAUUCAAUUGUUUGUUACCAGUCAUGGUAUGGAUCCAUGGAGGAGGAUUCUUUUUUGGAAAAGCUAAUGAUGGUUCAAGAUUCCUUCUAGACAAGGACAUAGUCUUUGUAUCUAUGAAUUAUCGCGUAGGGCUCAUUGGGUUCCUCACUACAGGGGACUCAGUGGCACCUGGAAAUUUUGGAUUAAAAGAUCAAAAUCUUGCAUUAAAGUGGGUUCGAAGAAAUAUUCAAGCAUUUGGAGGAGAUCCAAAUCGCAUUACCAUAUUUGGUAAUAGUGCUGGUGCGGUUUCUGUUAGUUUACAUGUACUCUCCAAGGCAUCUAAAGGAUUGUUUAAUCAAUAUAUUGUUCAAAGUGGCAAUGCUCUUGUUCCUUGGGGUUAUCGUGACAGAAGUCUCUUUAAACCCGAUGUGAAUUUUAUUGCGAAAAGUGUGGGUUGUCCAACAGACAAAUCAGAAAUGAUCAUUAAGUGCUUGCGAGAAAGAGAUGCUUUUGAAUUAGUAAAUUUAACGUCAUACCAUGUUUUUGACUUUCCUGAUUUAAAAUGGAUACCAACGAAUGAAGUAGAGUCAGAAGAUGCUUUUUUAACAGAUAGUCCUCCGAAUUUAAUAUCAAGAAAUGAAAUGAGGGAUUAUCCUUUUAUGACUGGAAUCGUUGCUGACGAAGGAUUAUAUAUUACCUCAAGUAUAUUUCAUAGUUUUAUACACAAAAUGAUUGUCUAA